AUGGCAUCGCACACCCCUCACCGGACACCUCUCAAACGGAUAUCACAAGGAUCUCUGUUCGCCCUUUCGCGGUCGGGGCACAACCCGGACGCGCCGCAUGGUCUAGGCUUCCUCGAGCCCGUUAUGUCCGAGCUAGUCGACGAAGCAGAGUUUCUCCUGGCCAACGUCGAAGGGCUCGGAAAGUUGAGCCAGUCGCUCAGGACUUUCAACGAGAAUUUUGCGAGUUUCUUGUAUGUGAUGGAUAUGAACGCGCUGACUACGGAUUGGCCGCAGGCACCGACUGACGCGUCUUUCCAAUUGGCGCGACGAAGAGCCGAGGAAGAUGCUCGCAUUGCCGCGGAAGCAGCCUCGAAAGCCGCUGCAGCAGCUCCACCUGCGCCUCCACCAGACAUCGACGCUGAUAAAACCACCUACACCGAGAAUGCAGACUACGAAACAACGUUUAUGACCACCGCCAACGUGACCAACGCAUCGACAACUACUACAGCCACAACCAAACCGUCGACGAAGACAAAGAAGAAAGCCAAACCCAAGCUUUCCGCCAAAGAGAAGAAGGAAAGAUCGUUGAUGAUAGAAAAACUAAUUUCGUGUCUUCCUCUCGAGUUUCGUGGUAGUGAUCCCAGCCUGCGCCGUAGCAUGGAGUCCAUCAUAGAGGCAAUGAUGGACAGUGAAGGCCGAGGCGUCAAACUCAUCGAACUGAUCGCUCCUCCCGACCUCAACCAAGCUCGGGUGAACAAAUGUUUAAUCGCUCUCGUGAACAGGAAGCUGGUGCGGAAAGACAACUCAACGGGCACUGUACUCUAUCAUUGGCAUGGCCUUCCAUGA